AAGUGUUGCACGGAAUCUUUUCCCCGAUUGAAAUCAAUUUUCAGGUCGUUCAAGGAAGUCUCGCGAGUUCCAUUUCGUUGGAGGCAAUUAAUUUUCGAGGCCAGCAAUGUUGGAUAUGUUUUCAUAGACUUGAUGAGAAAUAAAUCGGAAGUAUGGACGUACGACCAAGGCGGAAUCAACUGGCCAUGCUCUUGAAAAAAAGAACAUACAUCAGUGACAACGAACUUUUCGAAAUGAUGAGGUCCAGGCAGGUGUACCAGGUUCAGACUGAGCUAAGGAAAGAGCUAGACAGAAACCUGCAGGCGCUAAAGAGGGCAGAAAAACUCCAAGUCUCUGGUUUCCUAGCGCAAAGAGCGGUGUUCCUGCGCAAGAUCCAGAUGAUGGAGAAAAACAAGAGACUGCUGGUCAACGUCAGGGUUGCCAUGAACUCACAAGACGACGCGGAUGUUGAGGAGAGUCAAACUGGGUCACUUAACAACCUGUCUGGCCCCGGUUCACGCUCGCUGGGGGAAGAGGGCGUCUUUCAAAACGAGGCUAGAGAUCACGGUCUCAAUGUUUUUGCUAAUGCGCCUCAGAUAACAACGCAGGCUCCAUCAGCUAUGUCGGAGAGAAACAGCGACAAUGGUAACUUGGACAAACCUGAAGUAAUUGUUUCAAGCAAAAACACAGAUUCGAUCCAUGAUACGAUAAUUAAACCAGUAGAAUACGAAGCGUGUAAGGGAACAAAAGACUCAAAACAAAGUAACGACAACCAAAUAAAGUCUCAGAGCGGUAAAGAAUUAACAGCAAGCGAUGAAAACGCAAAGCGGAAAGAUAUAAAUAAUUGUGUAGCGUCACAAAGUUCGAAAUCUCCAAAAAGGAAUGUAGAUAAACACAAAUUAUUUGAGGGGAAUUUCAGUGACGAUGCUGUUAUUUUUCAGGUAGAAAAGGCCAAUAAAUCUGUAUUCAGAAAACUGCCUCUUAUAAAUAUAGAAAACCAUUCGGCGAGCGAGACUGAGCAGGACAAAAUAGACAAAAGGGAAACAACUCCGUCAGCUGGUGAGCUGGAAAGGACUGUAACUAUGAUCUUUGUUGAAGAAUUCGACACUGAAGACAACCCUCCAAAAUCUCAGUUUGAUCUGGAGGCUUGGUUGACCUAUAACAAACGAAAACGAGGCUACUCUAAAAUUAUUGAUGCUUUCCCACUUCAUAUUGUAAACAAAAACACAAAUGGUGUGACAAGUGAAGACGAGAAGGGCACGACCAAGUCCAAAAUUAGGUUACGGUUUUCAAAAUAUAAAAACCUAAGUGGACAAGGCCCGAAGACAUUUCGAGACAAAAGUAAAGAAUGGUAUUUGAAUUUCGUCCGCUCGAAAAGCCAAAGAAAAAAGAACAAAACUAUUCCUCAAAACGAAUUUGAAUUUCCACGUGGUAUCACAGUGUUGCCGAGACUAAAACCGGAAACAGGCGUUUACUGCGGUGGUGCCAAAAUGCGACACGGUUCAUUGGCUAAGGAAACGGUCGAUCAAAAGCUGCAAAAAAUGAAAGACGAACUGAAAAGUUUGGAGGAAAAAGUGCAUAAUUUCGUAGCAUCUUAGCUAAAAGUAACGAGUGCACGGUGUCACAAUCGGAGGGUGGCAACCAGCGCACAAUUUCGUGGUGUCACUGCCCAAGUUAAUUAGUGAACAAUUUCGUAGUGUCACUGCCUAUGUUAAUUAGUGAACAAUUUCGUAGUGUCACUGCCUAUGUUAAUUAGUGAACAAUUUCGUAGUGUCACUGCCCAAGUUAAUUAGUGAACAAUUUCGUAGUGUCACUGCCCAAGUUAAUUAGUGAACAAUUUCGUAGUGUCACUGCCCAAGUUAAUUAGUGAACAAUUUCGUAGUGUCACUGCCCAAGUUAAUUAGUGAACAAUUUCGUAGUGUCACUGCCUAUGUUAAUUAGUGAACAAUUAUAAUGACCGGAUACUAACCCAUAUAUGUAAGUUGUUGCAUAUUUUCCAGUUUUAGUGUCUGAUUUUCUUACUGUUAAGACUAAGAUAAAAUGAAAGCAUGUAUUACU